AUGGCCAUUACACGUCACGCAAGCGGUCGAUUCAACGUCGCCACGGCUUAUGUGCUCGCGCCAGUCCCGCAGAUUCAAACGACCUAUGAGCAGACCCGGACUCUCCUACCGCUGCUGCUCUGGUUGAAUGCGCGCUACGACUGGACGUACCCGGAGCUGGACUUGUGGCAGGUUGCUGCACGGGAAGCGCGAGGGAGGGAUUUCGUUGGCUUUGCCAAAGCGGUAGAAUUCGACGCUUGCUCCAAGAAACGCAUCGUCUGUAGGAUGGUGCGGGAAUCGUAUGCUAUGGCAGCGGGUGAUAUGGGUGUCGGACGGCACUCUGUACGACUUGAUGUUACGUUUAGAUCGCUCAAUCUGGCCAUGCAAUGCUCGAACAGCGCCCAUGUUGGCAACGGCGAUGAAGCCCGUCCUCGACAGUCUCCACGACAAGACGGCGAACCGACUCCAAUGUCUCCCUUCGACCUACCCCACACCUUCAGGAGGGACAUCCGCGAGAACUACAUACACGAUCGAGCAAUACCAGCGAACACGACCGUGUUUCCUCAUGAGCCCACGACGGAGCCUGGUGAAAAGGAGCCGUUGGGAGACUGGGAACCCUUCACCCACCCUUCGGGAUAUUUAUAUUUCUACCAUCAGAAGAAGAGAAUCUGGACAACCACGUAUAUGUACAGCCGACCUCAUCACCGACAGAUCGAGGAGUGUGUGUCCUUCCUGGAGAGUCAACGGACGGAUUUUGACGCCCACUCGUCACGUUACGAAUGUGUUGUUAAUGCGACCCGAGAAGGACGACCCGGUCAAGAAGAGUAUUACGUGAAGACUUACUACUACAUCGACCAUGAUACUCGCUCCGUCUUUUGGCUGCACGAGAACAAACUUCGCCGCGAAUUAGGCUCCAUGCCAGGAUCGCUGUCGAUGGACCAUAUCUAUCAUAGGAUUCAGGAGCUCUACUGGCGUCACAUCUAUCUCUUCCCCCAUGCAGAUCGAAGUUCUCAGUUCACAAAGGAAUUGCUACUCGGGCUACUCGACUGUGUUGUAUUCAACUCACAGGACUGCUCCGUCUUCUCUCACAGCACCUGUAUGUACACCACGACGCAGUUGGAUCGGAUGCGGGAUGUCAUUCAAGGCGCGUGCAAGCGACUGCGGGCUGGAGAUCCACUCUCGCCAGAUCUAUGUUCCAGUCUUGCUUGCAUCCACAUGUGCAUGGCCAGACAACGGUUUUACCAUAUGCAUGGCCAACCAUAUGCACGUUUGUGCUCUAAAGCGAGCAUAUUCACUCGCGACACUUCCUGGUUGUCACCUUCCCUUGCCAACAGCGCUUUCUUCAUCUUGAACUUCGCCCUCCUGGGAGAACCGAUCGCCGUUCUGAGGGAGUUGGAAGCCAUCACGGUGGAUGGUAUGGUACUACUGCAUGACCGCAAGAAGCUGCUGGUGCGAUUAUUUGCUCAAUGGGGUCAGCUACUGGUUUUAGGGACCGUUAUGUUGGCAGUCAACAUGUCUUUGCUUGCCAUACCAGAUAUCUUCUCUGAGGGCGGUAGAGAAGAAGGCGCUCCGACGUCCAAACUAUACGUGUAUCUCAGCGUAACUUUCAGCCUCGCCAGCAUUACGGCAGCAUUGGCCCACAUCCGGUACACGCCUAUCGACAAAGAUCCGGCAAUAGAUGUCAUGGCACCUUAUAACGACCUCCAUUGGUUGGGACCACGUUCACUCGCCCUCCUGUGCAGCACGCCCUUCGCAUUUCUAUUGAUGUCAAUGAUCAUGUUUGUUCUGGCAAUCUUUGCUGCGCCGGUUUCUCCGAUCAGCAUCGCCGUGGGGUCUAUUCUCAUGGAGGCAUACUUCGUGAUCCUCAUGGUGAACUUCUGCGUGACUUUGUAUCAUCAGCCACGUCCUGAUUGGGUAGAACGGUACAUCGUACCACUUGCCACGAAGAUUUGGCGAGUGUAUCCGAAUACUAAACGAAGGCAACUGCGUCGGAGCAAUUCUACGGAGAUGGAGCAUCCAGGACCUUGA